GUCUUAUCUCAUGCUAUUUAACGCCGUCAUUCUCAGCUACCUUGGUCGACUUGGUAGGCCAUUCGAUUAAUCAAAAAUGGCACAGAACGAAGACGCCAAAGAAGCUGUGGAUGGGGCCUUGGAAAGAAACGAGAUUUCCACCCAUCAAGGCAAUCAAUUGUUCAACUCUACGGAAGACUAUGAUGAAGGAGAGGGAUCUUCAGCUGAAAGGAGUCCUCGCGAGACUCACUCGAGAGAUUCCGACAAUGACGCCAGCACCUUCCCCUCAGCCUUGAGUCGCUCUAAUACCUACGAUGGGGAGUCUAUAAUGGAACAGGAUGACAGGGCCGAGCUCAAACGCAUUGCAACUGCACUAUCUCGCCGCCAGUCUAGUGUUGCUGCUCCGACUCGCCGUCAGUCAGUUGGACUUGGUACCGUUGACGAAUAUGAUGCCGCCCUUGACCCUGAUCGCCGGGAGUUUGACUUAUCAAAAUGGCUACUUCGCUUCAUCCGGGAACUUGGUGAAAAGGGUCUUUCAGAUCGGCAAACAGGGGUCUCAUUUCGAAAUCUUGACGUCUAUGGCUCUGGAGAUGCAGUUCAACUCCAACAGACAGUGGGAUCUGUUUUGAUGGCACCACUGAGGAUUGGAGAGUUUUUCAGCUUCGGAAAAAAGGAGCCAAAGCAUAUCCUGAACAGUUUCAAUGGCUUUGUCAAAAGCGGAGAACUCCUAGUUGUCCUUGGACGACCUGGUUCUGGCUGCAGCACACUUCUUAAAUCUAUUUGUGGCGAGUUACAUGGCCUAAACCUCGGCGAAGGCUCAAGUAUUAGCUAUAACGGCAUCCCACAAAAGCAGAUGAAGAAGGAGUUCAAGGGUGAAGCCAUUUAUAACCAGGAGGUUGAUAAACACUUUCCUCAUCUUACUGUUGGCCAAACACUAGAAUUUGCAGCUUCAGUUAGAACACCAUCUCAUCGUGCUCACGACAUGCCCCGCGCUGAAUAUUGUCGUUACAUUGCCAAAGUCGUCAUGGCCGUAUUCGGGCUCACACACACAUACAAUACCAAAGUCGGCAAUGAUUUUAUUCGAGGAGUAUCUGGAGGCGAAAGAAAGCGUGUCAGCAUCGCAGAAAUGGUUUUAGCCGGCUCGCCAUUUUCUUCAUGGGAUAAUAGCACCCGAGGACUUGACUCAGCCACAGCUUUCAAAUUCGUUCAAGCAUUGCGAACAUCUGCUGAUCUAGGCAAUCAUGCUCAUGCGGUUGCCAUUUAUCAAGCCAGUCAGGCCAUCUACGACCUCUUUGACAAAGCCACGGUACUAUACGAGGGUCGUCAAAUCUACUUUGGGCCAGCAAACCAAGCAAAGGCAUAUUUUGAGAAACAAGGCUGGUACUGCCCCCCGCGCCAGACAACUGGGGAUUUCCUGACCUCAGUUACCAAUCCUGUUGAGCGCCAAGCUCGUGAGGGGUGGGAAAUGAGAGUGCCUCGAACCCCAGAGGACUUUGAGCGGCUGUGGCUGCAGUCCCCCGAGUUCAAAAUGUUGCAGAAAGAUCUCGAUCAAUACGAAGAGGAAUUUGGCGGCGAGCGACAGGGAGAGAGUCUUGCACACUUUCGACAGCAGAAAAACUACAGGCAGGCCAAGAGAAUGCGACCAAAAUCACCGUAUAUUAUCAGCAUUCCGAUGCAAAUCAGAUUUAACACGAAACGUGCAUAUCAGCGCAUAUGGAAUAACAUGUCUGCUACCAUGGCAUCUACCGUGGUCCAAAUCGUCAUGGCUCUCAUUAUCGGUUCCAUAUUUUUCGACACUCCCAACAACACGGACGGUUUCUACGCCAAAGGUUCAGUUCUGUUUGUGGCCAUCUUGCUAAACGCGUUGACAGCGAUAUCUGAAAUCAACAACUUGUAUUCGCAGCGGCCUAUUGUCGAGAAACAUGCAUCAUAUGCCUUCUACCAUCCAGCUACCGAAGCAGCAGCGGGUAUUGCUGCCGAUAUUCCAAUCAAAUUCAUCACUGCUACAGUCUUCAAUGUUAUCCUCUAUUUUAUGGCUGGGCUGAGAAGGGAGCCAUCGCAGUUUUUCAUUUACUAUCUUAUUGGCUACAUCUCAAUCUUUGUCAUGAGCGCAAUUUUUAGAACAAUGGCUGCAAUCACCAGAACUGUCUCCCAGGCCAUGUCUCUUGCAGGAAUCUUGGUUCUCGCUCUUGUCAUCUACACUGGAUUUACCAUCACGGUGCCAUCAAUGCAUCCUUGGUUCAGUUGGAUCAGAUGGAUCAAUCCAAUCUACUAUGCUUUUGAAAUACUAGUCGCCAACGAGUUCCACGGUCAGGAGUUUCCCUGCGGCAGCAGCUUCGUCCCUCCAUACAGCCCCCAGGUCGGAAAUUCUUGGAUCUGUCCCGUCCCAGGCGCUGUUGCAGGUAGCGCGACUGUAAGCGGAGAUGCAUUUAUUGCGACCAAUUAUGAAUACUACUACUCCCAUGUUUGGCGCAACUUUGGUAUCUUGAUGGGCUUCCUGUUCUUUUUCAUGGCCAUAUACUUUAUCGCUACGGAGCUCAACUCUUCCACGACAAGCACCGCUGAGGCUCUUGUUUUCCAACGGGGCCAUGUUCCUGCACAUCUCUUGAAAGGAAAUACCGGCCCUGCUAGAACUGACGUUGUGGUCGAUGAAAAGGGAGCGCAUGGAACCGAUACUGCUGACUCCAACGUCGGCGGAUUAGAGCCGCAGCGGGACAUUUUUACCUGGAGAAACGUUGUUUACGACAUUAAGAUUAAAAAUGAAGAUCGAAGGCUUCUGGAUCAUGUAUCUGGUUGGGUAAAGCCAGGUACGUUAACUGCACUGAUGGGUGUUAGUGGUGCAGGAAAGACGACUCUUCUCGAUGUGCUCGCGCAACGAACGACAAUGGGCGUUAUUACCGGCGAUAUGCUUGUAAAUGGCAGACCGCGAGACCCCAGCUUUCAGAGAAAAACUGGCUAUGUCCAACAACAAGAUUUACAUCUCGAAACCGCCACAGUUCGCGAAAGCUUGCGAUUCAGCGCUAUGCUACGUCAGCCCAAGUCUGUCAGCAAAAAGGAGAAAUUCGCAUUUGUUGAAGAAGUCAUCAAGAUGCUCAACAUGGAAGAAUUCGCAAAUGCUGUUGUCGGUGUCCCAGGCGAAGGUCUCAAUGUCGAACAGCGCAAACUGCUCACCAUCGGAGUUGAGCUCGCCGCCAAGCCAAAGCUACUCCUCUUCCUCGACGAGCCGACCAGCGGUCUCGAUUCUCAGAGCUCAUGGGCCAUUUGCUCGUUUCUUCGCAAAUUGGCCGAUUCUGGCCAGGCAAUUCUCUGCACCGUUCAUCAGCCCAGCGCUAUCCUCUUCCAGACAUUUGAUCGUCUGCUUUUCUUGGCCAAGGGCGGAAAGACUGUUUAUUUUGGAGACAUUGGUCAAAAUUCUCGUACCCUGUUGGAUUACUUUGAGGCAAACGGAGCGCGAAAAUGUGGCGAUGAAGAGAAUCCCGCCGAGUAUAUGCUUGAAAUCGUAAACAAAGGAACCAAUGAUAGAGGAGAAGAAUGGCCCUCAGUUUGGAAAUCCGGUUCAGAGUUUGAGAAGGUCCAGACUGAGCUUGAUCGCAUUCACGAAGAGAAAUUAGCCGAGGGCCACGGUGCGGAAGAUGCUUCAUCCCAGUCGGAGUUUGCCACGUCCUUUGGAGCUCAGCUCUGGGAGGUGACUUUCCGAAUCUUUCAGCAAUAUUGGCGAAUGCCUGCCUAUAUCUUUGCAAAGUUUAUGUUGGGGACAGCCGCCGGUUUAUUUAUUGGCUUUUCCUUUUUCGAUGCAGAUUCUUCAUUGGCAGGGAUGCAGAAUGUAAUCUUUUCAGUCUUCAUGGUCACGACUAUAUUUUCCACCAUUGUGCAACAGAUUCAACCUCUCUUUGUUACUCAGAGAUCACUCUACGAAGUCCGCGAACGCCCAAGCAAAGCUUACUCAUGGAAAGCAUUUAUACUUGCAAACGUGUUUGUUGAGAUUCCUUAUCAGAUUAUCAUGGGUGUUCUCGUAUUCGCUUGUUUCUACUACCCUGUCGUUGGCAUCCAGAGCUCGAUCCGCCAGAUCCUGGUGCUAUUAUACAUCAUGCAGCUCUUCAUCUUCGCGAGCUCAUUCGCGCAUAUGAUUAUUGUCGCUAUGCCGGAUGCGCAGACAGCCGCCAGUCUCGUGACCUUCUUGGUGCUAAUGAGCACCUUGUUCAAUGGUGUUCUGCAGACACCAUCUGCACUACCAGGGUUUUGGCUAUUCAUGUGGCGCGUCUCUGUCUUUACGUAUUGGGUAGCUGGCAUAGUUGCAACGGAGCUCCAUGGACGACCGAUUGUUUGUUCGGAAAAUGAGUUGUCUAUAUUCAACCCUCCAUCGGGUCAAACUUGCGGCGAAUAUCUGGCCCCAUUCCUACAGCAAGCACCGGGACAGCUACAAAACCCAUCGGCCACAGACCAGUGCCGCUACUGCCAACUCAGCAAUGCAGACCAGUACUUGGCUGGGUCAAGAAUUUAUUGGAGCGAUAGGUGGCGUAACUAUGGCAUUGUUUGGGCGUACAUUGCAUUCAACAUCUUUACGGCGAUUACCCUGUACUAUCUAUUCCGGGUCAAGAAAUGGAACACCGCCGGCUUCAGAUUUAGCUUUCCGUGGGGGAAGAAGGCGGGAAAGAAGACAAACUAAAAUACGACGAAAAUGGCUCAUAGUCACGUCCAAUGCUAACAUUGGUCAUCAUUUUUUGCGUCUUUGAUCUAGCGGCCAAAAUAGGCAUCAACAUUUUCGUUCUCUUAAUAUACUGGUUUACGGCGCUUGAGCAGUAGUAGUGCUGACUUAAGAAGCCUGGGUAUACUCUUUUCAUCAUCACAUGUAGAUUUUUCAUAGUCAACAAUAGAUUAGCUUAAUU